AUGACGAAGCACAGUAAAAAUAAUACGGCAUCUUCGGUAUUCUCUUACGCUGAGAGACAGAAGGCGGAGUAUGGUACGAAACGGCAACGCCUGGGUAAUGAAUCAAUGCGAAAUUUCGACGCAUGUUCUUUGUGCUUGCAACGAGCGAGAGAGCCAAUAGCAUGCGAUCAAGGUCAUUUAUUCUGCAGGGAGUGUGCGUACACCGACCUAUUGGCACAGAAAAAGGAUAUUAAGCGGCAGAAGGAACGCCUUAAGCAGUUGAAGAAAGAAACUGAAGAGGAGAAAGAGAGAGCUAGAGAGGCAGCCAGGGAACGUGUGCUUCGUGAUUUCGAGAAGGGUCAACUGGGAUUGUCUGCGAACUUGCCGUCUGCAUCUGGUGUCGGAGUCAAAGAUUCUCGAUCAUCGAAGCGCAAGCUUGACUUCGACUCUUCAACAGUUGAAACUCUUACCCGUGAAGCCGAAGAGGCAGCUCUAAGACAGAUCGAGCGAGAGCAAGCGGAGUCAUUACGACACAAACUACCGGACUUUUGGCUGCCUUCGCUGACUCCCACAUACACCUCAAGCGGUUUGCCGAGCUCCCUCAAGGAUGUUAAGGUUCAAACAACCUGCCGGGGAGGGAAUCCACCCCACCCGAUAACCCUGAAGUCAUUGGUCCCCGUGAAGUUUACAUUACUACCCGCCGCGUCGGCGUCGCAAUCAUCAGAUUCUACUCCCGUGGAGAGCGACAAGGGUAAAUCCAAGCUAGAGGAUGAUGGAAUUCCGAUUUGUCCGGCCUGCAAAAGUAAUCUUCACAAUAAUAGGGUGAUGUUCCUCAUGAAACCGUGUUCCCAUGUUGUAUGCAAAGUAUGUGUCGAUAAGCUGGUGCGGGUGGCCAAGCAGUGCAUCGUUUGUGAUCACACACUUGGUGAUGAAGACAUGAUCGAAUUAAAGAGAGAAGGCACUGGCUUCGCAGGAGGCGGCAUUGCAGAAGCGAAGAAGACAGGUGUCGCGUUCCAGGGUUGA